AUGGAGAAGGCGACGACAUGGCCCACCGAUCAUAUUCAGGCCAGUCUUGCGCAACCGAAUCUGGAAUGCAACAGAAACGUAAAGGAAGAAUCCGAAGAAGAGCAGUUGAAUAACAAGUCCUACAACAAGGAUCUUUUGCCCUAUGCUGCGCAUACUAUCGAUAGAUUGCAUGCCGCCACCUGCUAG